UUUUCAAGGGGCUCUUUCCGGCUGUCUACUUUAUAAAUCCAGUGUUUCUCUAAGAUUAUUGUCCAGUUAGGAUUGUCUAGUUUACUUGGGGGGGGGGGGUACUUCCAGAUGCUUCUUGAAACGACUACGGCGCAUUCGCUAGGACGGUAGCCCAACCUCUCUCUCUUCAAAACAGCCAGUGUACCGAGACGUGCCAAUAUGCCACAACAGAAGGACAUAGUGAAGAUAGCCAUUCAGAUGCCUGGGGCUUACCCACAGCUCAUACAACUGGAUCAGAAAAAGCCUCUCUCUGCUGUUAUAAAGGAAGUCUGUGAUGGAUGGAAUCUCCCGGGUCCUGAUAACUAUGCUCUGCAAUAUGCUGACGGUGUGCAGACAUACAUCACUGAAUCGAAUCGUCUGGACAUUAAGAAUGGUUGCAUACUACGUCUGACCAAGGCACCAGGCCGGUGUGCAGAAGAUCUUUACAAGGGCAUCCAAAGUUCAGACUCUGGUGUGCGCUGUGAUUCACUUAAGCAACUGGCCAGUGUUUCCACAGAUGUGACCUUUGCUCAGGAGUUCAUCAGCCGAGAUGGACACUCCCUAUUGGUUAAGAUAGUAGAGGAUGCCAACGAAGCUCCUGUGAUCAUGACCCACACUUUGACGGGUUUUAUGGAACUGAUGGAUCAUGGGAUAGUCUCCUGGGAGAACCUCUCUUCUGUUUUUAUCAAAAAGAUUGCCAGUUUUGUCAACGCCAAGGUAGCGGAUGCUUCAAUCCAGCAGGUGUCCCUGGACAUUCUGGAGAGCAUGGUCCUAAGCAGCCACAGCCUAUUCCUGCAGGUCAAACAGGAGGUCACUCUGGAGAGGCUGAUUGCUCACCUGCAGGUAACAAACCAGCAGAUACAGACAAAAGCAAUGGCCCUACUUAUGGCUUUACUACAGACAGCUGGAGAUGCAGACAGACAGGAGCUGUUUGCAUUUUUGGCAAGGAAGAACCUCCGUCAGUACAUUUAUAAAAACAUCAUCCAUAGUUCCGGUUCAGUCGGGGAUGAAAUGGCCCACUACCUCUAUGUGCUGCAGUCAGUUACCCUAAAUCACCUGGAACCUCGUAUUAGGACACCUUUAGAUUGUUACAACCAGGAACAGAGGGAUAUCCUCCAUGGCUUGCGCCAGGCCGCGUUUGAGACAGAGAGUGAGAACAGUCUGAGCCACGAGAGACGGCGUUCGCUCUGCGCCAAAGAGUUCAAGAAGUUGGGCUUUUCUAACAACAGCAAUCCUGGACAAGAUUUGGUGCGGACCCCACCUGGUCUUUUAGCAUUAGACACCAUGGCCUACUUUGCCUCACGCUAUCCUGAUGUUUACAGUAGGUUUGUCUUAGAGAACAGCAGUAGGGAGGAUAAACAUGAGUGUCCAUUUGCCAGGAGUAGCAUCCAGCUCACGCUCAUCCUGUGUGAGAUCCUUCGUAUUGGAGAACCUCCCUCAGAGACAGGGUCAGACUACCACCCUAUCUUCUUCAGCCAAGAUCGUCUGAUGGAGGAGCUUUUUUGUGUCUGCAUCCAGUUGCUCAACAAGACAUGGAAGGAGAUGAGAGCUACGCAAGAGGACUUUGACAAGGUGAUGCAGGUGGUUAGGGAGCAGAUCACCAGGACGCUCUCCAGUAAGCCAACUUCCUUGGAACUCUUCAAGAACAAAGUGAAUGCUCUCAAUUAUAGUGAGAUACUCAAGCUCCGACAGACAGAGCGACUGCACCAGGAAGAGACGCUCGCUCCACCCGUACUUGAGCUCAAAGAGCGUCUGAAGCCAGAGUUGCUGGAACUGAUUCGCCAGCAGAGACUGAACCGGUUGUGUCAAGGAACCCUGUUCAGAAAGAUAAGCAGCCGGCGGAGACAAGAUAAACUGUGGUACUGCAGGUUGUCACCCAAUCACAAAGUGCUUCACUAUGGCGAUGUGGAGGAAGAUACAGAAAAUCCACCAAUAGAGACACUGCAAGAGAAGAUUCCAGUAGCAGAUAUCAAAGCCUUGCUUACAGGGAAAGACUGUCCUCACAUGAAGGAGAAUAAAGGCAAACAGACCAAGGAAGUGUUGGACCUGGCAUUUAGCAUCACGUAUGAUGUAGAAGAGUACAGCCUAAACUUCAUUGCGUCCUCCAGAACUGAUUUCUGCCUUUGGACAGACGGCCUGAGCGUGCUCCUGGGACGGGAAAUGAGCAGUGAAUCAAUGCGCAGCGAGCUGGACAUCCUCCUCUCUAUGGAAAUUAAGCUCCGUCUUUUGGACUUGGAGAACGUACCGAUCCCAGACAAUGCACCGCCUGUCCCGAAGCCACCUAGCAACUACAACUUCUGCUAUGACUUCAGCCAGGCUGAGCAGUAGUGUGUGUGUGUGUGUGUGUGUGUGUGUGUGUAUGUAUGUGUGCGCGUGUGCGUGCGUACGCGCAUGCAUAGUGAGAUCUGACCUGUGCAUCCAUGCACUAAUUUCCACCACACUGGUAUCCAACCAAGACAUUUGAUUUACUAUACCACUUGAUAACUGAGGUCUUUCAAUGGCGCAUACCCAGGAAAACGAAAACACAUCUCCACUUACAUUAGGACAUAUUCGGUGAUCGUCACCAGUGAACAACAACAA